AUGCUACACGGUACAUCGGGGGAUAGUUUUCAAAAACUAUCAUCAUACUGUCACGUCCUAGGAGAGAGUAACCCGGGGACAGUAACCCACAUUGAAGUUGAUUCCCGUAACAGGUUUUAUUACUUCUUCUUGGCUUUCGGUACAAGCAUUCGUGGUUACAUACACUACUUGAGGCCUGUUAUUUGUGUUGAUGGUAGUCACUUGAAAGGUCCAUACAAGGGUACACUUCUGCUGACAACCGGCCAAAAUGCCAACAAACAGAUUUAUCUCCUAGCAUGGGGGAUCGUGGAUGCCAAAACAAAUAGAUCGUGGAUGUGGUUUAUGUCGAACUUGAAAGAGCUUAUAGGAGACUCGACUGAAUUGGUUUUUGAUUCCAAUAGGAAAAAUAGUAUUUCUAAUGCCAUUGCUCACGUAUUUCCUCUGUCUCAGCGUGGAUACUGUAUUUGGCAUCUGGAGAAGAACUUAAUCCAGCGAUACAACAACGCAAGUGCAAUAUUUCUAUUCAAACUAACUGCAAGAACUUCUCGGGUCGAAGAGUUUGAAAGACUUAUGGGACAGAUCCGUAGGGUAAGUGAACACGCGUACGGGUACUUGGAGCGAGCUGGUUUUUCAUUUUGGUCACGAGCACUAUUCUUUGGGCAACGUCACAACAUAUUGACAGACAACAACGCAGAAUCUUUAAACUCAAUAUUGAGACAUGCACGUUCAUUGCCGAUCACAUGCUUGGUGGAACACAUUCGGCAAACUCUACGACCAUCGAACCAAUGCAACUGCAUGUAG